AUGUCUGUUGCAACGGCAUACAGUGGGACCGCCUUCCAAGUUCGCUCUCUGUUUCGAUCCCUGCUGCGACAAUCAUCUCAGUUUUCUAACUACAAUUUCCGUGAAUAUGCACGCCGCAAGACGCGUGAUUCAUUCCGCGAGCACCAGAAUGUCGCGGAAGAGCGUCGGGUACAGGAGUUGAUUCAAAGUGGAUUGCAAGAUCUUCGUCUUUUAAAGAGACAAACAACCAUUAGCCAGUUUUAUCAGUUAGAUAAAUUGGUGGUUGAGGGCCAGAAGACUGGAAAAGAGAUUGGUACACACGGGGAUAUUGUCCGUCAGAAAGAGACUGGGUUGUUCCGGUCAUCGCGCUCUGGGCGUCAAUUUGACAGUAAUCGAAGCCGAACCGGUCAAGUUGACCACGAUAUUUUUGAGGGAUUGCCCGUUCGCCGCUGGUCACGUCAAGCACACACUCAUUCCCAAACUACCAAGAUCGAAGACUCAGAAUUUGCUGUGCAUGGUCCCGGUGGAACUGCAAGACUUCCUGAGCUAGCCAUGCCACGUGAUAGUCAGCUCCUGAAUGCAAGCAGUCGCGCUCUCCUGCGUGCCGCUCGCGCCGGGUGCAUUUACAUUCACCAGAGCACUCAUACCCCCGAAGAUGCUGAAAAGGAAGGUGGAGAUCUCGAUGACGGAACUUCUGGUGCUCAUUCAACAGACCACAGUUUCACGAGCCGGAAGUGGAUGGCCCUUCCGAAACACUUGGAACCGGCCGAGGUCGAAUUUUUGGCGAAGCGACGACCUGGCUUACCAUCUCUCUAUGGUGGUGCGACCGCUGCAGAUGGAUUGGGCUCCGGACCCGGCCCAAUGAGACGGACUAAGUUCAAAAAAACGGAUCCUCUAACGGGAAAGAUCUCCAUCUAUGAAGCUUGGGUGCCUGAGGGACAUCGCAUUGAGGGCGAAGUUACUGGCGACAUCCAGGCUAUUGCUGAACAGACUGAUGGGCCUGUCAAUUCUGAAAUGCCGGCCCCGGGAACUGUUGUGGAAGGGGUUGGGGUUGUCAAUUCGGAAGGGGUAGUUGUUGCGGAGGCUGGUUCUGCUUCUGUAAUGACACCGCCCAAACGACGACCACCUCCGCCUAAACGUAAGGGGAAGGGCAUUGGGAAGGGCAGGAAAAAGAAGGUCAUGUUUGCGCCAGGGGAGGGUGCUGAUGCUGCUAUCGUACAUGGCAGUCCUCGAGAUCCAAUUGGUACCGUCGAAGGCCAUCCAAAGGAAGACAAGGAUGUUUCGCAGACACCAAUUGACCAAGCAGGCCAAGAUGAAGACGAAGAUGAUGGUGACGACGGUGAUGACAGCGACGAGGGGGACGAAUCCAUGAUAGAUGCGAAGACGCCGGAAACACCGCAGGCUUCACACUUGACCGCGCCUAGAGACCACCUCACAGUUGAAAUCUCAACUGAUACAAAGGAUGUUGAGAUGGACGAUGCAGCCUCGGAGAUGCAAUCUCAAGUGGUAGAGCCUUCCGUGAAUAUACAAGAAGCACCUCCAGUAUCUUCAGGCAUACCUGCGGCGCCCAUAUUUGAGACAUCGCAGAACAAAGCCAAUGCUGCCACUUCCUCUGCUUUACUCUCUUAUGGUAAUGAAGUCACUGGUGGAGAAUCCGGGAUCAUCGAUGGCGGAAAAACCAGCGUGUCAACGGAUGAGUUGCCCAUGAAUUCGGGGCCUCUGGGUUCGCCAUACGAAGCAGGCGAGCCCAGAAUAUUUUCUGAAUCUGCCAGAGAUUUAUUGUCCCGCCAACAAUCUCCAGAUCCUAGGCCAUUUGCCCCGACUGACACAGAUACUGCUAUGGAAACAAUUCAGCUUGAAUCAACCCAGGCGAUGGACAAAGCCCCAACCUUUGAACCACAAGCAGAAUCUGGAAUUGCUGUUGAAGAGGUUGGUAACACAGACCUGAUGUCUGUGGAUAAGACAGCAGCGGUGACUGAUGAAAAUCAAAUGGACUUCUCAAGCACGCCAAAGCCGGUAUCAGAGUCCACUACUGCGAAUCAAACAGUUCAAUCCAGAAAUGCUGAUAGGUUCGCCGAAGACCACAACCCACUUUCAAUCGGGCCUCAAUAUAGCGAACCUACUACAACAUUCACGGCCCUGGAAAAGAAAACAGAAGCACUCAUGAUACCGGAAGCAGGUUCUCAAAUGAUAGAGUCUAAACAAGAAGUGAAUGAGGGAGAAGCUUCAGCAGGAUCCGAAAAAUAUGAACGAGUAGAGCGGGCAGAGGAGCUCACUACUGCCGACUCUCUCGCAGAACCUACUUCUAUGCUACCAACCGAACCGGAACAUCGGCCUGGAUUAAAUGAGGGCAUGGAAUCAUCAGAGCUGUCUACUCCCAGCACACCUACUGCUAGGCUAGUCUCUGAGGGAACAGCACCAGUCGCCACGAUUAGCAGUAGUGUGGCAGGUGCUUUGAGACAAGAGCCCGCAAUUCCCAAGACAAUUGAACUUUGGGAUCAAAAAUCUUCUGCCGCAGCCGAAAUGGUACCAGCAGAAGGCCGGGCGCCUACAGAAGAGCAAGAAAGUACCAACUUAGCCUAA